AUGCUGCUCUCCAAGACCAACUCGCUGGCCAACCUGUGCUCCGGGUCCGAUGGGGAACUGCACCCAGCCAAGCUACAGCCAGGGAAGGAGAAGGAGCCGCUGGAGAAGCUGUACCAGGUGGGCCCGCUGCUGGGCAGGGGUGGCUUUGGUUCUGUCUACUCGGGCACCCGCCUGUCGGACAGCGCCCCGGUAGCUAUCAAGCAUGUGGACCGGGACUGCGUUUCUGACUGGGGAGAGCUGCCUUGCGGGAGCAGAGUGCCCAUGGAGAUCCUGCUCCUGAAGAAAGUGGGCUCAGGCUUCCGGGGAAUCAUUCCACUCUUGGACUGGUUUGAGAGACCGGACAGCUUUAUCUUGGUUUUGGAGCGACCGGAUCCUGUGCAGGACCUGUUUGACUUCAUCACGGAGCGGGGUGCUCUCCCCGAGGAGCAGGCCCGCAGCUUUUUCCGCCAGGUUGUGGAGGCGGUUCAGCACUGUCAUAGCUGUGGGGUAUUGCACCGAGAUAUCAAAGAUGAGAACAUCCUGGUUGAUCUGAACAGCUGGGAACUUAAACUCAUAGAUUUUGGGUCUGGGGCAUUACUCAAGGACACAGUGUACACUAAUUUUGAUGGGACCAGAGUGUACAGCCCUCCAGAAUGGAUCCUCAAUCACCAAUACCAUGCCACGUCAGCCACAGUCUGGUCUCUGGGGGUCCUGCUGUAUGACAUGGUCUGCGGGAUUCUCCCCUUUGAACAUGAUGAGGAGAUUAUUAAGGGCCGGGUCUGCUUUCGGCGGCGCAUCUCUCCAGAGUGCCAGCACCUCAUUAAAUGGUGUCUGGACUUGAGGCCUUCAGAGAGGCCAUCCUUGGAAGACCUUCUAAAUCAUUCAUGGAUGCAAGACAUCCCUUUGCCACAGAAAACAGCAGAGAUGCACCAGCACAAUCGAAUUCCAGAGUCUGGCAAAUAG